UCCUUCCUUCAACGUAUCCAACCACCAAGCCACCCUACAUAAUGCACACCAACACACGCCACAUCACACACACACAGGCAGACACAUCAGGUCUCAGCGUCGUCAUAGUGUGCGGCUCUGACCUUGGUGUGUCGAUCGAUGGUCGUGAGUCUAUGGUGCCUCCCCGUCCAACACGAUGGGGCCGAUGGGGCCGAAGGCGAGACGCACCUUGGCGGCCGUCAGAGGAAACCGAUGCGCGAAGGGCGCAUCGUGGGCCAUACCUGCUGCUGGGGCCUCGGUGGUACGAAUGUGGACGCUCACUGCAUGUGGACACGAGAAGAUGAUGAGACAAAACGACAGCAUGGUCAUCUGUUGUGGGGUUGUGCCGGUCCCUCACGUAUGCGUACCGUUCUGACUGUCCCCGGGGGGCGUAAGAAAGGUGAUCCAUGCGAUGAACGGAUCAUCGGACGUCGUCAGCACAUGCAGCUGCGCACAGGCCCCAUUGACCAGCUCAAGUGCCAUCACGUCCGGGCACUCGGCGAGGGGCGUAUGUGGCGAUUGGGUGAUGAUGCUGUUCAGGUGGCCACCACGCGCACCCCUGACACACACAUCAAUGACGCACCACAUAGCCAUUCGCCCUCUCACUGCGCGCCGUCCAUCGACUCACCGGUCCACCACCACUGCUGGCGAGUCGGUGAAGCCGCUCACAGCCAUCAGCCGGUGAGCCAGCAUCAGCUUCUUCAUCAGGGAGCUCGCCGAUGCGACAACGGCCCCGUAGCUGACGCCACAUGUCGCCCAGCCCACACCAGUAUGCCACACAAUGCGGCUGCGGACUGGCGGGUCGUGUGGCUUGGCGUGGUGGGUGAAGGGGUGCUGUGAGAAGGGAUGGAUGGGGCGGCUGGUGGGGAGGGGGAGGGGCGGGUUGAGGGUGAGGGUGAAGUUGGGCUCGUUGCGGAUGAUGCGGAUCUCAUUGUUGUGGCAGAACAUCUCGAGAUUGCCGUCUUGCUGGCCGCCGGAGAGCUGGAAGGCCACAUGGCGGCCGACGAGCAUCCACUGCGCACAGAAACGGGGCAGCGCCAAGAAAUCCUGCAGCCAACACACACACCCAGCAGCUCGCCCAUUGCCUCUUCUGUGUGUCGUGCUGACCGCCUUGGUGGCGUGUGUCUGCAGGUCCGCAGCACCCACAGUGACCGGCAGCUGGCAAUUGCC